ACCGCACCCGAUUCAUUGAGAUCCCGACACCUCCAGCACAGCCAUCAUGUCUCCAAGGAAGUUCUUCGUGGGGGGAAACUGGAAGCUGAACGGAGAUAAGAAGAGCCUGGGAGAGCUCAUCAGUACCCUGAACGCCGGCAAGAUCAGUGCAGACACAGAGGUGGUCUGUGGAGCUCCUACCAUCUACCUGGACUUUGCCCGCCAGAAGUUGGACGCCAAAUUCGGUGUAGCCGCCCAGAACUGCUAUAAAGUUGCAAAAGGCGCAUUCACCGGGGAGAUCAGCCCGGCUAUGAUCAAAGAUGUUGGUGCUACCUGGGUGAUCCUUGGACAUUCUGAGAGGAGACACGUGUUCGGGGAGUCAGAUGAGCUGAUUGGCCAGAAGGUGGCACAUGCUCUGAGCGAGGGUGUGGGAGUCAUCGCUUGCAUCGGGGAGAAGCUUGACGAGCGGGAAGCGGGCAUCACAGAGAAGGUUGUGUCUGGGCAGACGAAGCACAUUGCAGAUAACGUAAAGGACUGGAGCAAGGUUGUCCUGGCAUAUGAACCUGUCUGGGCCAUCGGUACAGGCAAGACAGCAACACCCCAGCAGGCUCAGGACGUGCACGCCAAGCUGCGAGAAUGGUUGAAAGUCAACGUGUCUGAUCAAGUGGCACAAUCCGUUCGGAUCAUCUAUGGAGGUUCCGUCACAGGAGGCACCUGCAAGGAACUGGCAUCCCAACACGACAUCGAUGGUUUCCUAGUGGGCGGAGCUUCCCUGAAACCAGAGUUCAUCGAAAUCAUCAACGCCAAACAAUAAUCCCGCCCACUCACAAAUCAUCGCCCUCCUGUAAACGGUUUAGAACAAAGCAGUG